ACUUAUAGGACAACACUUCGACUCGAAUCGACACCCAGAUUCGCUCUCUUCAACUUGCUGUAUUCUAUCAUAUUUCGCGUGCAUUGUUCAAAGCUGAUAGACUUAUGUUUGCCCUAACUUUCGUGCAUGGAACUCUGCCAAAAAUGUUCCAACCAAAGGAAUGGGAACUCUUCACGGGUGUAAUACUAGAUGAACCUCAAGCAGCCAGUAGUGGUAUCGCUUGGAUAGACGAAAGCCGACAUGCAGCUGUGUCCAAAUUGCAGGCGCAUCUUCCUACACUUUACAAUAAUCUGCAACUUACUGAUCAAGGCACAUGGAGUGAAUUCAGCAGAGCAGUCGAUUGCGAAAAUUCGGUCCCAUCUGCCAUCGAGACUAGGAUCACGCCGUUUCAAAAGCUUAGUUCCGCAAUUUCCGAGCAUUUACCGUCCAUCAAUCCACCUCCUUUCAAUCUCUCAGAUAUUCUGGCUGAAACCACCAAUCAGGAACCCAUACUGCUCAUUCUUGCUGGUGGAGCAGAUCCUAGCCAGAGGCAUGAGAAGGCCCUAGGACAGCAAAAACGGGAAUCGAGAAUCUGGGUGGAAAGUGCCUUAAGCGCUGAUUUUUCAUUCCAGAAACUUUUAAAACUUAGAUUACAUUCGGGUUAG